ACGGAACCCACCGUAUGUACAUGGUCGGCCACAUACCAAGACGGCAUGGCACGACCACGCCGCCUACCAGCAUCUCUCUGGCCGGCAUCUGAUGGCAAUUGGAAAAUUCUACUCUGGUCGCAAAUUGCAAUCCGUGGCACAGCGUGUAGGAUCUGCGGCUUGCUCUUGGUCCUGCAGAGACUCAGCAAUGGCAACAACCAUCUCUUCCUCCGGGAGUUCCUUUUGCCGUGAUAUUAAAUGCUUGACGUACGGAGUAAGCUAGACAUCACAGGCUAAUCCCACCCCCGUCUCCCCCGAAAGAGCCCCUCGUCGUCACAACGGGUAACCUUUUCCAUGCCAACCCCGGACUCCGGAGUCAAGUCUUUUGCGGUCCUGCUCCUGAAGCUUGUGCUCACUACAGUCCGACCACCACACGCAAGUGACCCAGGUAGGCCGCCGCACCUCUGGCUUCUGACGCCGGUGAACUGUACUCGGCGCAUUGGCCCUCGCCCCGUCCUCUGGCAACAGCUGUUCGUGCAGUCAGUCGCAUAUGGUCCGAUAUACACCUUGUUACACUAAUCCUCCCGCACAGAUGGCUCCCCAGACCCUGUCGCCCGAGUCCCAGAGAUCUGAACUGACGGCUUGGCACCGCAGCUCGCGUCAAGACCUCAACCGUCCCUGCUGGAAUUCCAGUGACACUCGAAUCAUAUCAUCCAUCAAGCGCCGAGCCGGGCGAGCAGAUCGGGUUUCCCGGCUUUGAGCAACUGAUUCAGCACUGCCUCUCACUACGUAUACACCAGCCAAGGUUGUGUGCAUCCACACCACGAUUCCGCGCGAACUCAUAUUCUUGUUAGACAUUCUCACCCCUCCUCGAGGGCGUUAUCCACUUGGGCUAGCCACUUCCAUUCCGUUUGGGUGGUCAUGGUGGUCCUUCAGCCCCCAUCCUGGAUGAUCCCAGUCUUGACCUUUUGCUUGUCCCCUUGCCCAGGCUUGCCACAGAUAGCCUCGACUCUAAAGAGAUGCCGGAUACCACCCACUUCCCAUUCUAGUGUAGAGUAGGGACCCUGGCGAAACUCUUUCUUCUUCCCCUUCCUGUAACGGACAUGACAUGUACCUGUCUGGCGGGCCAUACCAGUCAAGGUACAGGCGAUGCUGCUACGUAAUCAACCAUGCUUAGAGCCGUGCGGCCUUCUACUCACAAUAUGUCCGUGUCAAGACUCUCUCGCGCCGCAACCCCCUCCCUCCCCUUUCGUCACCCCCUCUUCCCACCCGGGAACGUCCCCGUCGUCACCGGUAGCUCGAAGAAGUUCCAUACGUUUUCCACCAGCCUCCACAGACAAGUCCAUCCCUGCCGACUUACAUGCCAAGCUUUGUGCUAGACCAACGGAAGAGAACCCACCCAUGGCUCGCUGGAUUCCGCAUGGUACUGUACAUACAUGUGUAGACUAGUUGGGAUGUGAGCUUCCCUCCGCUGGGCACCGCUGAUGGACAAGACUUCGAGGGACCCCCCUGCUCCACACAUAGUCACCAUCAUAAUACUUAGGUACAACAUAUGUCCUCCUCUGCCCCUCGAUCGCUGGAAACUAUACCUCGCCUAAUCUUUUUCACUCUGGACUGGACUGUUCAUUGAUGACUCUUGUUGCUUCCUCCUGCCUCGAGACCCCAACCCCCCCCCCCAAUUCAGCCCCAAGGCGAUACAGUACUGUAUUACCAAAGUCGCAGGACUUGCAAUAAUUCUCCGACUGUGCGGUACUCCUCGGCGGGUUCACCGUGUUAUAUCCGAGCCGUCCGCUGGGGUCGAGAAAUAGCAACCGCGAUGUCGCAUGGUCCACAUUCGACCUGAACUACAGCCAUUGCGUGUUGUCAUUGACGAUACUUGUAGCUCAUGCCCAUGAGACAUGAGCCGCGAAGUCCGGAGAAGUGCAGGGAGACAAAGAAAGAGGGAGUUGGCCGGCCAGGGUCCUUGAGAGUCCUUCUCGACCACGCCGGGGUCUGGUGAACUAGGAGUGUUGAUGACAACAACAACAACAACAACAACAACAGCUCAACAAAUUGGCAUACGAAUUAUUCAAGCCCUCAGCAAAAGCCUUCCAAGGCCACCACAGUCCUUACAGACAAGAUGACUGACCGUGAGCUCUCACCGGACUCUGGGUCCGGUGAGCCAAGCCCUGUCUCGGACCACCAGGAUGACCAGCAGUCUCCCGGGGACGCCUCGGUCAAAGCAGAACAGGGUGACGAGAACUCUACAGGGUCCAAUCAGACAGUGCAGAUGCCUGUCCAGAAACGGCGACGUGUUACACGUGCCUGUGAUGAAUGUCGGCGCAAGAAGAUCAAGUGCGAUGGCAAGCAGCCGUGCACACACUGCUCUGUAUACAGCUAUGAGUGUACGUAUGACAAGCCUUCCAAUCGAAGGCGGAACCCUGCUCCUCAGUACAUCGAGGCCCUCGAGAACAAGCUGGCACGCGCGGAGGCAACCCUGCGAAAGUUCGUGCCGGACGUCGACCUGAACGACCCAAGCCUGGAUCCCGCCGUCCAACAGGAGUUCCAAAACCGAGAGCGACAAAGACUGCAAGCUGCCAAGGCCCGGCAAGAGAACGCCAAGGAGGCAGAGCAACAGACAGCCCAGAUCAUGUCCAUGAUCGAGACAUUGGGCCAGCUGGACCUCACCGAGGGCGGUGGAUGGGACUUCCGAGGCACCUCAUCCGGCGCUGUCUUCCUCAGGCGGAUGAAGGACCACUUCAGGGGCUUACUAGGCAGCGACUACCAGACCACCUUCCUUCCGCGACCGGCCCAGGUUCCAGGCCUGCUGAAGCUGGACUCGCCGCAGUCGACAACCGCCUCGACUCCCAACGACUCGAAAGGCUCAAACGUCCACGACCUGCCACCGAAGGAACGCGCCCGUCAACUGAGCUAUUGUGCGCUCUCAUGUGCAACGGCACUGCUGCGAAUUGUACACAUACCAUCCUUCUUUGAGAAGUUUGAGGAGUUGUACCAGAAGCCGUCAGACACUUUCGAGAUAGAAGACAACCGAUUUCUCGGCCUCCUCUACUCGGUCAUGGCCGUGGGUUGUAUGUACAAUAUCGCAGAGGAGGAUGUUGACAACCAGGUCAACUACAGCGAGGCAACUGAGGAAGGGAUGGGCUAUUACACGUCGGCGAGAAUCCUGCUGCAAGACAUUACAGAGUGUCGGGAUCUGACUUCGUUACAGUCCCUACUAUUCUUGAUUCUGUUCCUGCAAGCAACUUCGAACCUAAGUGCCUGUUAUGCGUUCCUAGGCAUCGCCCUGCGCACCGCUCUCAGAAUGGGUCUGCACCGGCAUCUGCCCAAUGCCAGCUUUACACCCCUCGUAAGCGAGUCGAGGAGACGCAUCUUUUACUUUAUCCGGCAGCUGGACAUCUACUGUUCAGCUCUUCUAGGGUUCCCCGUCUUGCUUCACGCGGAAGACAUCGACCAGCAGCUGCCCUCGGAGAUCGACGAUGAGUUUAUUACCGCUGAUAGCAUCUCGACGCCGCCUCCUGAGACACCCGGGUCAUUCUUCCAAGCAUUCAACGCCCACUCGAGGCUCAUGGAGAUACUGUUGAAGGUUAUCAAAUACAUAUACCCACUCAAGGGAAUCGAAGACGCCGUCAUAAGCUCAGACGGCGAAUCAAGCUUGACUUACAUGAUCGAAUACCGCCGCAUCAAGGAGAUCGAGGGUGACCUCCAGGUGUGGCAUGAACAACUCCCCGAAAGGUGGCGUCCUAGUGCUGAGGGACCUAUCGAAGUGGUGAGAGUUCGAACCUUAUUGCGCUUUGCGUACGCACAUGUGCAAAUGAUGCUAUACCGACCGUUCCUCCACUACAUCUCCCCGAGGUUGUCGGCCGGCAAGGUCGUGGACGAAACCUACUAUGCUUGUGCGGCCGCUGGGAUCAGCGUCUGCCGGAACAUAAUCCACAUCGCGAUGGAGAUAAAAAACCAAGCCCUUGUGGUCGGCCCGUUCUGGUCUAUGCUGUAUACCGAGUUCUUCGCCAUCCUGACACUGGUAUUCUACACCCUCGAGAACCCAGACAAGCCGGGCUCGGUAGAGAUAUUCGCGGAGGCCAACGCCGGCCGAGAGAUGAUCGCCAAAAUGGCCCUUCGAAGCCUGGCAGCGGACCGAAUCACGACCUCCCUGAACUCCUUGUGGGAAAAUCUGCCGGAGUCAGUCAAGAAAGGGAAGCCUCGAGCCAUGUCCACGAAGAAGCGGCCUGCAACUGGACCAAAACCUGGUCCUGUCCCGUUGAGUACUCACAAAGUACCUCUUCCGUCCAGUAGGGGCAGUGACACACGAUCGGGAGUCCCGCUGGCUUUUCGUUCUCCUAUGCAGGGUGGCAGGUCAUCAUCGCGAGGCUUCAGCGUGAAUCCGUCCGAGCUCCAUCCUCUGGACGUGCCCGGGGCCAGCGCAUCUGACGCCGGUACCCCUUCAUCCAGCCAAACGACCGAGGCUGCCUUCAUCCCUCAGCAUGGAAAUGCUCCAAAUCAGGCCAUGACUCAGAGCCCAGACAAUAUCUACAAGUUUGACGCGAUGAUGUUCCCGUCUGGGGACCCUUUUGCCUACCCAAAUCAACCGCUGGUCGACGCACAGCCCCCGCAGAUGCCACCACCUCCUCAGGCCGACGCGAGCAACUUCUAUAUGACGCCAGGCCUCUAUGGCGGAAUAGAAGGGCAGCUGACUGGCCCUCUGCCCCCGUACCUCAUACAACAUCCGGCCGGGCAGGCUGGACUUGACUUGUCGGCACAGAUGUACCAGUCUCCAAGCGCCUUGGCUGCACAACAGUACCACAUGAGGCAGGGGCAUCACCACCAACAGCAGCAACAGCAGCACCAGCGGCGACAGCGACAGCAGCAGCAGCAGCAGCAACAACAACAACAACAACAACAGCCUCACCCAGCUGCGGGUGGGGAGAUAGACGAUAUGAUGACAGACGCGAGUUUCAACCGGAACUGGGACAUGUUCAAUACGAACUUCAAGCCGAUGUGA